GGGCCGGUGUCGGGCCCGGUCUUAGUGCGAAGAAUGUUUCAAUAUACGAGCAUUCUCAUUGGGAGAUCUGCCCAUUCCGGAAACAAACUCAACUGUGCGCAUGCGUCUGGACAGGUCGAGUCCGUUUCUAUGAGUCAAGCCGGAUCCUCGCUGCCGAAAGUGAGGGGGUCGAUACUUAUACUUAAGUCGGCCAUUGUGCGCCAGGAAUUCUCCGACUGUGUAACCAACCAGCACAAUGGAGGACGAAAAGGAAGGUCAAGUAAUUUCCGGGUUGGAGAAGGCUCAGACUCCAGGAAGCGGUGCUGUCGCUGCCACGAGCUAUCCUACGCCUACACCACCGCCAACGCCUAUUCCCCCCACUGUGAUAACAUUCAAAGACUGCCCGAAGCUAAGCCCGUACAAUUGGCCGCUCCUGAAGAAGCUCUAUGUCGUCUGCUUCACGCUACUGUCGGUGAUGAAUAGCGGCAUCUCCUCGUCGCUCCCAAGCAAUGCCGUUCCCUACAUCAUGGACAACUUCAACAUGACGGACAACGGACAAGGCAGUCUACCCACUGGAAUUUUCUUAGUAGGAUAUGUGGUCGGCCCUUUAAUAUGGAGUCCGUUGAGUGAAACUAUUGGACGACGUCCGGUAUUACUCUACACCUUUGUCGGGUUUUUCGUCUUUACUCUCGCGUGUGCCCUUGCGCCUGGCUGGUCGAGCCUGAUCUUCUUUCGCUUUGUCUGUGGCUGCAUGGGUGCCUCUCCGCAGACUGUCAUUGGGGGUGCGUACGCGGAUAUCUUCGAGACUCGGCCCAGGGGGAGAGCAAUGACUUUUUAUAUGGGCGUUGCGAGCUUCGGGCCUAUUCUGGGCCCUAUCAUCUCCGGAUUCGCGUCGGAGCAUGGCUGGAGGUGGACGUUUUGGGCUGAUCUGAUUCUCGCCGGUGUCACGCUGGCUGGGCUGAUUUUCCUACCUGAGUCAUUCGGCCCGGUGAUACUCAAGCGGCACGCCGCCGAGCUGAGCAAGAUGUCUGGCACUGAGAUAAGGGCCCCGGUGUCGAAAAUUGAUACAAACCUGGCAACGAUAUUUCUACGACCGCUGUACAUGCUCAUCUUUGAACCGAUUAUCCUCUUCACCUCGAUCUACGUCGGGAUCGUCUACGCCCUGGUCUUCUUCUUCUUCCAGGCCUACCCCAUCAUCUUCCCAGAGGUAUACGGCUUCAGCAUCAAACUGACCUCGCUCGCCUUUCUUCCACUCGGAAUCGGCGCCGCAUCCACCGCGCUGGCUGUCAUAUCCUGGGAUCUAAAAUACGAACGCGCCAAAUCACGCAGCAAAACCUGGUUCGGCCUCCCCUUCAGCCCCGAACUACACCGUCUCCCCGUCUCCUGCAUCGGCGGACUCGCAAUCGUCAUCUCCCUCUUCUGGCUCGCCUGGACCGCCACACCAAACAUCCACUGGAUGGCACCCGUCAUGGCCGGGCUGGUCUUCGGCUUCGGAUACCAAUCCAUCUUCACCUCGCUUCUGAUAUAUGUCACGGAUGCGUAUAACAUCUACAGCGCGAGUGCGCUUGCCAGCUCGGUUAUCCUGCGGAGCAUUCUUGGUGCGGCGCUUCCUGUGGCUGCGAAGCCGAUGUAUAGGGAUUUGGGGGUGGGUUGGGCGACGUCGCUUGUCGGGUUUGUGAGUUUGGCCUGUGUGCCGAUUCCGUAUGUGUUGCUUUGGAAGGGGAGGUGGGUUCGUGAGAGGAGUCGGUUUUGUCAGAUGUUGGUUAAGGAGGGGCCUGCUGCUGUUGGAAAUGGGGUUGUGGGUGAGAGGUCUGUUCAGGAUAGGGCUGGGGAGUGUUGAAUUAAUUCCUGACUGGGUUCAAUGGAGGAUAGGAGGGUGAUGAGUGACGACAAAAACAUAAUAUUAAUUUUAAUUACUCUUUAAUUCGCGAAUAGAUAGCACUGACAAGAAUUUCAGGUUUUCCA